UAUAAUGUAGAGACUCAUGUUGACUUAAUUUACAUUGUUAUUUUAUUUUCAUUUAUAACUUAAAUUCAACCAGUUUAUCAGGAAGAGAUGUUGUGUUGGCCAAAGUAUUAAUAUUUUACUUACCUGUAUAAUUUAAUUAAUUUAUACAUUUGAACAUCGCUAUGUGGACCGCUUUGAAGAUGACGUUAAGACCAUUACCACCUUUACUGCAGGAAAAAUCUCAGAGGGAAAUCAAUGAGGACCCUGACAGAAUUGCUUCGGACUUAUCAGCUAUUAGGGAAUGGAUCGAAAAACAACCUCACUUAAAAUCAGUUAAUCCUAGUGAUCAAUGGCUCCUUGCUUUUCUACGCGGAAAUAAAUUUAGUCUAGAAAAAACUAAGAACAAGUUAGACAUGUAUUACACUCUACGGACGGUCGUCCCGGAAAUAUUCCGCAAUAGAAAUCCAUUCGAUCCCACCGUACAAGCUAUUUUAAAUAUGGGAAUUUUUCUGCCUCUAAGGGUAACUAAAUCGGAAGAUUCUUGCAGAGUUUGUUUACAGAGGUUCAAAGACUUUGACUCUUCUAAAUAUCGUUUCGUUGACAUUGUCAAGGUUUGCUUUAUGAUUAUUGAAAUCUUGAUACUCGAAGAUGAUAACUUUAUAAUCGCCGGAGAGGAGUUUUUAAUGGACGGAACUGGUUUGGACUUGACUACGCUAUCUCAAUGGACUCCGGCUUUGGCAAAAAAGUGUGUAACUAUUUUUACGAAAGCUCUGCCCGUGCGUUUGAAGAGCAGCUACUUGUUUAAUAUGUCACCUGGAUAUGAAACAGCGUACAAUCUUUUUAAGAUAUUUUUGAGUGAAAAACUUAAAAACAGAUUUCAUAUUUACGGCAAUGGUUUCGAGGCAUUGUAUGAUGUUAUGCCGCGUAAUUUACUGCCGAAAGAGUACGGCGGUGAACAGGGCACAGUGCAGGAACUGACGGAUUACUGGAAGAAGAAAGUAGAGAGCUAUAGUGAGUGGUACCUUCGCGAGGAGCUUGCAUGUUCAGAUGAAUCCCUGAGGCCAAACAACCCCCAUACAAGUUCUAGUCUCUUCGGCGUCGAGGGUUCUUUUCGCAAAUUACUAGUUGAUUAAAUAGAAAGAUUAUUUUAAUAUAUGAAUAAACUUGAUUGUUUUAUAAUAAUGUAAGAAAAAAUAUUUUUUCGUAUAACUUUAUUUUGUAUUAACUAUUUUAAUAUUUUUUUUUUACACAUACUUUUGUCCACAGAUUAAAUAUACAAUUGUGACAUUG